AUGGCUCAUGAUCAAUUUAAUAAUCGUAAUAAUAAUGGCAGACCUAAUCCUCCAAGGCUAAAUGUUCAUCCACAACUAUUGACGCAGGGGUAUGUUGGUGUUCAUGGACCACGAAAUCCUCAUCCUUUUAGCCCAUAUUCACCUCAAAAUCAAUUUCCAUCACGUGGUCCUCUCGCACAAUAUCCGCCUCCACCUUCACAAUUCCAUCCACAGCAUCAGCGCCCACGAGGCCUACCCACUCCUAGACCAUUACCGUCACAAUUUCAUCAUAAUAUGCCAUAUCGUACUCCAACUAGUCCAUUACCACAAAAUCAUAUCAUUAGGCCUACGCCACGACGUGCUCCAACAAUUCCUCAACAAAAUUUAUAUGGACCGAUUCCACAGCGAGGUCCUCCUAGUCCACAAAUAGUAGGCUCUAGUUUUCCUGAGCCGCAGCAAUAUUUAAUAUCACCUGUGACACCUGAUACACCAGUAUCAAUCCCCGCUUAUUCUCGUGUGCCAAAUAAUCGACGUGAUUAUCACAACCAACAAUUAUCGCCCGCUUCAUAUUUCGAGAGUAACGAUUCACAAAAUUCUAGUAGAAUUGAUUCACCAAAUCAAGAAAGUUAUGAAUUGAUGGAUUAUUAUAAUGAUAAUAAUAGUGAUACGUCGGCUGAAGCUUAUCCCGCUCAUGAAGAAAUUCAAUUUAAUCAUCAAGAUUUCAAUCGUAACGGUCUAGAUUCAAACUCACAAAAUCAUGCUUGGAAUUCUGAUAAUCAUCAAAUUCCUGUAUCAAAAGAAGGAAUUGAAGACAUUUUCAUUGAUCUUACAGAUAAGUUUGGUUUCCAAAAAGAAAGCAUGCGAAACAUGUUUGACCAUUUGAUGUGCAUGUUGGAUUCUCGUGCUUCAAGGAUGACACCCUCUCAAGCUUUAAUAACUCUUCAUGCUGAUUAUAUUGGAGGAGUAAAUGCUAAUUACCGUAAAUGGUAUUUUAUUGCAAAGAUGGAUUUAGAUGACGCACUUUCCAAUUCAAAUGCCGGAAAAGGAAUUCCAAUGAUUGAUUCAAAAAGUGAUACUCAAGAUCAAUGGAUUCAACGAAUGAAUUCGAUUUCACAACAUGAAAGAGUUCGCCAAUUAGCUUUAUGGUUAUUAUUAUGGGGCGAAGCAUCACAAGUUCGUUUUAUGGGUGAAUGUUUAUGUUUCAUCUUCAAAUUAGCAAAUGAUUAUUAUAAUAGUUCUGAAUGUAAAUCAAACGUUCCAGAAGGAGAAUAUCUUCGCAAUGUUAUAACACCUCUUUAUCUUUACAUUCGUAAUCAAAGUUAUGAAGUUAUAUCAGGAAAAUUCGUGAAAAAAGAAAAAGAUCAUGCUGAAACAAUUGGAUAUGAUGAUAUCAAUCAACUUUUUUGGUAUCCGGAAAUGAUAGAUCGUAUUACAUUACAAGAUAAGCAAUUGAGUAUUAUGUCUUUACCUCGUGGGCAACGUUAUUUAAUGCUUGGAAAGGUGAAUUGGAAUCGUGUAUUUGUUAAGACAUACAAAGAAAAGCGAACAUGGUUCCAUUUGGCUGUUAACUUUACGCGUAUAUGGAUUAUUCAUGUUGCAGUCUUUUGGUAUUAUACAGCUUAUAAUGCGCCAUUUCUAUAUAAAGAUGACAACGAUGAUGAACCAGCAGUACAAUGGUCUGUUGUUGCUCUCGGAGGUGCUAUUUCAACCCUUUUCAUGAUCGUUGGAAAUAUCUGCGAAUUCUUUUUCAUUCCACUGACUGGAUCUAAUUUAUCAAUGUUGAUUCGUCGAUUCAUAUUUUUAUUUAUUGUGUUAAUCAUAAAUUCGGCUCCAACUUAUUAUAUAAUAGUGAAAGCUCGUACAGGUCCCUUGUCAUUGAAAAUAGCAAUGGGUCAAUUAUUUAUUUCAUUGGUUACCACAUUAACAUUUGCCAUAGUUCCAAGUGCUCGUUUAUUCGGUGGUCCAUCAAAAGGUUCUCAAAAAUAUGAGGCACUUCAUGCCUUUACAUCAAAUUAUGCUCCCCUUAAUAAGAAAGAUCGCGCUGUUUCAAUUGGACUUUGGUGUUGCGUUUUUGGAUUUAAAUUGGUAGAAUCAUACUUUUUCUUGUCUCUUUCUUUCAAAGAUCCUCUUGAAGCUAUGUUUAAAAUGAGGGUAAUUGGUUGUGGUGAUAAACUUGCUGGUAGUACAAUUUGUUCUUUUGUGCCAGUGUUAGCUAUUGUUAUUAUGUUCCUUAUGGAUCUUGUACUAUUCUUUUUGGAUACAUAUCUUUGGUAUAUAAUUUGGAAUACAAUUUUCUCAGUGGUAUAUGCACUCACACAUGGAAGUUCUAUUUGGACACCCUGGAAUAAUGUCUUUGCUAAAAUACCAGAACGUAUUUAUGCAAAAAUUUUGGCUUCCAAUAAUAUAGACGUUAAAUAUCAUCCAAAAGAUAUCGUGGCACAAAUCUGGAAUGCCAUCAUGAUCGCCAUGUAUCGUGAACAUAUAUUGUCGUUUGAAAAUGUUCAAGCAUUACUUUAUCAACGGGAUGAAGCCUCAUUUAAACCACCUACCGUCUUUGCAGGUCGUAAUGAUAAUGAACAAUAUUAUUCAUCAAUGAGCGAAGCUGAACGUCGUAUUACAUUCUUUGCACAAAGUUUAUCAAAUCCUAUCCCAAGUCCUUUGCCAGUUCAAAAUAUGCCAACAUUCACCGUUUUAACUCCUCAUUACUCAGAAAAAAUUCUUCUUUCACUUCGUGAAAUUAUUCGUGAAGAGGAUCAAAAUACCCGUGUCACUUUAUUAGAGUACUUAAAACAGUUGUAUCCGGUCGAAUGGGAUAACUUUGUCAAAGAUACAAAAAACUUAGUAGAAAAAAGUAAUCCUGAUAAACUUAAUGAUUCAGGAAAAGGUGAAAACAAAAAAGUUGAUGAUUUACCAUUUUAUAUGAUUGGUUUCAAAUCUUCGUCACCCCAAUAUUCAUUACGUACACGCAUAUGGUCUUCUCUUCGUACACAAACUUUAUAUCGUACAAUUUCAGGAUUUAUGAAUUAUUCAAAAGCUAUCAAGCUUUUAUAUCGUGUCGAAAAUCCUAAUAUUGUUACUUCAUGCGAAAACAACCCAGAGAAAUUUGAAAAUGAGAUGGCCUUAAUGGUUCGUCGUAAAUUUAAAUUUUUAAUUUCCAUGCAAAGAUAUAAUAAGUUUAACAAAGAAGAACAAGAAAAUGCAGAUUUCCUAUUAAGUGCUUAUCCGGAUCUUCAAAUUGCUUAUCUCGAUGAAAUACCACCAGAAAAUGAAGGAGAAGAACCUAAAAUUUUUUCCGUUUUAAUUGAUGGUCAUUGUGAAAAAUUACCAGACGGAAAACGUAAACCCAGAUAUCGAGUUCGACUUCCUGGGAACCCAAUUCUUGGAGAUGGUAAAUCCGAUAAUCAAAAUCACGCUAUUAUCUUUUACCGUGGUGAAUACCUUCAAUUGGUCGACGCAAAUCAAGACAAUUAUCUUGAGGAAUGUCUUAAGAUUCGAAAUGUUCUUGGAGAAUUUGAACAAUAUGAUAUGUCUACAGCAUCACCUUAUUCAUCUGCUGCCGAAAAAUCUCCUAUUGCCAUCGUUGGGGCUCGUGAAUACAUCUAUUCCGAAAAUUAUGGUGUCCUUGGGGAUGUAGCCGCCGGAAAAGAACAGACUUUUGGCACAUUAACUCAGCGUAUCAUGGCUAAAGUAGGGGGUAGAUUACAUUAUGGUCAUCCAGAUUUCUUGAAUGCAAUUUUCAUGACAACACGUGGUGGCAUAUCCAAAGCACAAAAAGGUUUACAUCUUAACGAAGAUAUCUAUGCUGGUAUGAAUGCAUUUAAUCGUGGUGGUCGUAUAAAACAUUCUGAAUAUAUUCAGUGUGGUAAAGGACGUGAUCUUGGUUUUGGAUCAAUUCUUCAUUUCACGACGAAAAUUGGUACUGGUAUGGGGGAACAAAUGUUAUCAAGAGAGUACUAUUAUAUUGGAACACAACUUUCUUUGGAUAGAUUUUUAACCUUUUAUUAUGCUCAUCCUGGUUUCCACGUUAAUAAUAUCUUAAUUAUGUUAUCAAUUCAACUAUUCAUGUUUGGUAUGAUGUUCAUUGGUGCGAUGAGGUCCGUCUUGCCUAUUUGCGAAAGGGAUACUCCACAAGGUGUAUUUUGUUAUGAUCUUAUACCCAUAACUGAUUGGAUUAAACGUUCAAUCAUUUCGAUCAUCUUUGUAUUCUUUGUCGCUUUCUUGCCACUUUUCAUGCAAGAAUCGGGAGAGAAAGGUUUAUUGCGUGGUGCUGUUCGUCUCGGCAAACAUUUCAUGUCAUUAUCACCAUUCUUUGAAGUUUUCACCACUCAAAUAUAUGCCAAUAGUAUUAUGACAAAUCUUAGUUUUGGUGGUGCUCGUUAUAUCGCUACUGGACGAGGAUUCGCUACAGCACGCCUUCCAUUCUCUAUUUUAUUUUCACGUUUUGCUGGAUCAAGUAUCUACUUUGGAAUGAAAAUUCUACUGAUUUUACUAUUCGUUUCUUUAACAAUGUGGAUACCACAUUUGAUCUAUUUUUGGGUUUCAGUUAUAGCUCUUUGUAUUUCACCAUUUUUAUUCAAUCCACAUCAAUUUUCUUUUUCGGAAUUCAUAAUUGAUUAUCGCGAAUUCCUGAGAUGGAUGUCACGUGGAAAUUCAAAAACUCAUGGAAAUUCUUGGAUUUCUUAUUGUCGUAUUUCAAGGACAAUGAUCACUGGUUUUAAAAGGAAACGAUUAGGACAUCCUUCUGAGAAAUUGGUUGGAGAUGUUCCACGUCCAAGUUUUAGCGUUAUAUUUGUAUCAGAAGUCCUCACUCCAUUUAUACUGGCAGCUCUUUGCAUUGUAGCUUUCAUGUUUGUAAAAAGUUUUGAUCCAGUAACUCCAGGAUUACCGAAUACAGGGCCAAGUGCUGUAAUUCGUGUAUGUGCUAUCGCAGUUGGACCAAUGUUAAUGAAUGCAAUGAUGUUGGCUGGACUUUUUGUUCUUUCCUUCUGCUUGGGACCAGCAUUUGAUAAAUGGUUUAAAUUUGGAGCAGUAAUAGCCGCCAUAGCACAUACAUGGGCAAUCAUUAACUUGAUUGGAGCUUUCGAACUUUUAUGGUUUAUAGAAUCAUGGAAAUUGGAAAAUGCAAUUUUGGGCAUGAUCGCUUUAGGAGCAAUACAAAGAUUUGUAUUCAAAUUGAUGAUUUCUUUAUUUCUGUCACGAGAAUUUAAACAUGAUGAAACAAAUAGAGCAUGGUGGACAGGAAAAUGGCAAGGGAAAGGACUUGGACUAUCAACCGUAACUCGUGAAUAUAUAUGUAAAAUAGUUGAAAUGUCACUUUUUGCGGCAGAUUUUAUAUUAGGACAUUUAUUGUUAUUUAUGUUAGCACCUUUUUGUUUAAUACCAUGGAUUGAUAAAUUGCAUUCGAUCAUGUUAUUCUGGUUAAGACCAAGCAAACAAAUUAGACCACCAAUCUUUUCACGAAAACAAAAGAAACGUAGAAAUCGCAUUGUAUGGACCUAUGGACUAUUAUUUAUUAUAAUAUUUAUGAUUUUUGCGGGAUUAAUAGCUGGACCUAUAAUGAUGAAAGAUUUAGAAGAAAGAAGGUUGAAAUUGGAAAAAACCGAAGAGGUUUGGAAAGAGCAGGUUCUAACUUUACAGAAAUUAUUAUUUGAGGAAGGUUUAGUAGGAGUUGACGAGAGAGCGUUAAAAGAUCUUAAGCGGGAUUUUGCUGAAAUAACGAUGAAUACUUUAGAACGAUAUAUGAAAAGAGCGAGGUUCUCGUCAGAAACCUCGUUCUCCUCAAAAACGUUUCUUCCACAACGGGUUCGAAAUGGAAAAUUUCGGAAUUUACCAUCUGAGGACGAUGAAGAGGAAGUAUAUCAAGAACGUUUUAUUAAAGAAUGUUCUGCGCUUCCUGGUUCGAUGAUUAUUGUUCAUGAUACAUCUCGAUUUCCACUUCUCCAUACAAGAAAACCAGACUGUGUUGGAAUUGCUAAGAACCGUGCCAUUGAUCCACUCAACGUUCUUUUUGUGGUGGAAAUUACUAAACAUACAAAUAAUGCAGGAUUCAAUAAUAAUAAGGUUGACCAAACAAUAGCAUUUGCAAACAAAGUACUAGAGAUACAAUAUCGUCGAAGAUCUGUUUAUGCGAUCUUGACAGAUUAUUAUAAUAUACAAUUCUUUAAGGUGGAACGCCAGGAAGAGAAUCAUUUGCAUUUUAUCUAUACUUAUACCACAAGUGAAUCCCUUUAUUACGACAGUGAAGAACCUCCUCUUGGUUGGCAACGGUUAGUCACGUUUCUUUGCCAAGUACCUUCAGAAUUGGGAUGGCUUGAAUCAGAAUUAAAAAUUGAUGACGUUCGAAUCCGUUUAGAACGUUAUCUUGGAGUUGGAAGAACUGGAGUUGUGUAUGAAGAUGAGCCUGUUGUUGUAAAGGUACUUAAGCGAGAUUAUAAACAUCAUCUUAAUCGAGAAAUUACUGCGUUGAAGUCAUUUGCCGAUCUGAAAUGUAAAAAUCACCUACCAUCACUUAUAAAAUAUAAUGAUAAUGCUAUCGUCAUAACACCAGUUUGUGAGAAAAUCAAUCAUUGGCGGAAGACUGAUAUCAAAGAAGUUAUUUUAACUCUUGAAGAAAUACCAAACCGGAAUUCUUCAUAG